AUGGGCGUCCUCAGCAACAACAAGGAGAAGCGACCUGUCAAGGUCCGCGUCGAGAAGCGCGUGUGGCAGGAGCGCCAAUACCACCCAGACGGGCGGUAUUACAUUCUCGACCACAACCCCCCUCCCCCCCGCAACGUCAACAAGAGCGAGGUUCAGAAGAACCUCAACACCUGCAAGCCCAAGCCGGACCUCACGGUCAAGGCAUGGAAGAUCAACGAGGAGAGCUGGGAGCAGUGGGAGCCCGUCUUCCACCACGUCGCCGUCAAGUUCCGCGUCGACCACGGCGGCAAGGAGAAGCUCGAGGAGCACAUGGCCGCCAAGCGUGAGUACGACGGCUACCAGCACUGGCGCUGCAAGAUGUUCCGCUCCGCCUGUACCGGCACCCUCAAGAUCGGGUUCUCGGUGGACUUCGCCGCCCGAACCUUUGGCAUCUUGUACGUGCUCUUCAUGACCGACGGCCUGCCAGCGCGUCUCGCCACGCGCACAAGCAUCGCGCACUCGGGCACGACUGGGUGCUCCUUCUGGACGGAGCUUUCGCCGUCCGACUGCAAAGUCGUCCCCUGCUGCGCCGACUUGUGCGAAGAUGUCCCUCGUCAGGGGGAUAUCUCCAUCUACGAGCAUGGCCUACGCAUCCGCCAGCUCAAGAGGGACCAGGCCAAGGACAAGGCCGAGUCCGAGCGCGAACAAUGCACCAUCCGUCGCAGUCUCGGGUGCAAGAUCCGCGGCCUCGAGAAGCAGAAGGAGGCUCUGGAGGAGCAAGUUGACAAGCUCGUCCAGCGGAACCGGGCCUUGGAGGCAGCGGCCGGCAAGUCGCGCAAGAGCGGCUUGGGUAACAAGAGAGGUCGCGAGGACAGCGGCUUCGGGGGGAUGGAGGACGAGGAGACUCGGGGAGUCAAGGAUGAGGAGAGCUCGGAUGACGACAUGCCUCUCGUUCCCAAGCGUCGACGCUUGGCAUAA